AUGGAUCUUCGUGAAGUUCGUGAAGUGAUACGAACCAAAACUCUUGAAGAUUGCUUAUCUGCAUGUUUGGAUGCAGCAGGUUAUGCAUGUCGUAGUGUAUCAUACAAUCGUACUGAUGGUGAUUGCUUCUUAUCACAGCAUAAUCAACUUAGCAAGCCGGCAUUAAUCAAAAUUAACAACAAUCCCAAUUAUCGGAUCGAUUAUUACGAAAAUAAUUCAUUCACAUUUGAUUACGAGUGCAAAGAUGAUGGAAUACAGGUGAAGGUCAUUUCGAAGUAUCCAUAUACAGGUGCCAUGUAUGGCCUUUAUGACUUUUUCACAUGUCGCAUUGAACCUAAAGAAGAUACAAAAUUUGAAUAUUUCUUUCCAUCACCAACCAUUUCCAAGAAUUGCAGCGAUAGCAUACGUUAUAAGGGAAGAGAUAUGGUAUUGGAAAUAGUUAUAUCAACGGAUGGUGUUGAGCCGUUAUAUUUUAUAACACCUGAUGAUCUUACCUAUCAGGCUCGCUGUCCAUUAAAUGAAGCAAAACGCUUAGUCCAAA